AUGGUAUCCGUCAGUUUUUUUUCCCUAUUCGUUAUCGAGGAAAGAGUGGUGAAUAUCGCUGCAAGAUCAAUUGAUACCGAGACGCAAGUACGAAUAGCGCUUCAGCCAGGUGCUCAAUUGCCCAACUUUGAGGAACCUCUCAGGAAUGUUGUAUUUGGGUCGUUGAACUUCUUACACACUACUGACACUCACGGCUGGUAUUUAGGCCAUGUCACCCAGCCUCAAUAUUCAUCCGAUUGGGGUGAUUUUGUGUCCUUUUCGGAGAAUAUGAAGAGUCUUUCUGCAGAAAAGGGUGGCGAUUUAAUCUUGGUGGACACUGGUGAUAGACAUGACGGCAAUGGUUUAUCAGAUAUAACACAUCCUCAUGGCGAACUCUCUGACUUGGUGUUCAGGAGGGCAAACUACGAUCUUAUCACCGUGGGAAAUCACGAAUUAUACGAGGAACCUGUCAGUAAAUACGAAUACGAGGAAAUGGUGCCUCAUUACGGAGAGAGAUUUAUCUCCACUAACGUUGAAUACUUGACAGACUCUGGGGAAUGGAAAGUCUUUGGCAAUUCGACCCAUAGAUAUUUUGAAACAGAUAUCAACGGCUAUAGAGUACUCAGUCUAUCUUUCAUGUUUGAUUUUACCGGUGGAAAUCAGCGUGUCAGGGUUACACCCAUAACCGAGAUGGUUCGUAAAACUUGGUUAUCUGACCUUCUCAGACAUUUUUCUAGCAGGAUCGACGUUCUUGUGGUAUUUGGACAUUUACCUGUAACCAGAGACUGGAAGGAGGUUACUGUUCUUCAUCAAUACCUCAGAAAGUAUUUUCCAGAUACAGUAAUUCAGUAUUUUGGAGGCCAUUCUCAUAUUAGGGAUUUUGCCGUCUACGAUGAACUAAGUACCGGGUUACAGAGUGGACGAUACUGUGAAACGAUUGGAUUCUUAUCGAUCAAGAACUUCACUCACAUCGAUCCUGCUUCCAAAGCCGAAUUUAGUGGUAGAAACAUCCAAAGAAGAUACAUAGACUUCAAUCUACACUCAUUCAUGCACCACACCGGCAAGACCGAUCUUUCUUCUUUCCAGACAAGGAAUGGAGUAAGCGUUUCUCAUGAUAUUAGAGAUAUUGCUAAAGAUUUAAGGCUUCAGGAUACGUACGGAUAUGUGCCGCACAACUUUUAUAUGUCUGCAGCCAACUAUUAUGACAGAUCAGACAAGAACUCACUCCUUAGAUUCAUACAGGAUAAGAUUAUUGUUCAACUAGAGCCCAAACUAUGCUAUUUGAAGGAGAGACAAACCUUAUACGAAAACAUUCAGAACAAUUCUCGGUCAAUUAUUGUAAAUACCGGCUCAAUUAGGUAUGACCUGUAUAAAGGUCCCUUCACACGAAAUGCUCUUUACACGGUAUCUUCAUUUAGCAACAAAUGGAAGGUUAUUCCGGCCGUUCCUCGGAAAAUAGCUGCUAGAUUACAAGGAAUUCUCAAUGGAGGAUCAUAUAUAUUAGAGCAAGGGAGUGGAUUUCAAGGGAAACUUCUUUCACCAUACCAGGAAACUAUAAACAGGCAAUUGGACGAUGCUGCAAUUUCUAGUAUUGAUAGCGAUAUAUAUGCCUCUCCCUUUAGUCAUCUUUCGUAUGGCUACACGACAAGUGAUGAGCUGGGAAUUCACGGUGACGAUACUAUUCACAGGAAGCUACCCAACUUCCGAGUUCCGAAUGUAAUCCAGUCAUUUGAGUCGGGGAAAGACGGACCUAAGACCCCCCUCACAGACGUUGUGUUCUACGAUUUUAUUGAGAGCCAUAUAGAAUGGGCUUUGGAAGUAGCUUGUGGAGAGGAUACCGAACUUUACAAGCUGUUGAUAGCCAAUUCAACAUACUACAAUGACUGUGCCAAAGAAUAUAACGUCGGACAUCUACUCAAAAAAUAUCAAUUCAAUAUGGCUAGAGGACCAAAGCACCAUUUGAAGAGACUAGCAGCUCCAUCCCACUGGAUGUUGGACAAGUUGUCUGGUGUUUACGCACCAAGACCAUCGGCUGGUCCACACAAGUUGAGAGAGUCAUUGCCUUUGAUUGUCUUCUUGAGAAACAGACUUAAAUAUGCUUUGAACGGCAGAGAAGUUAAGGCUAUCUUGAUGGAGAGACAGGUUAAGGUUGACGGUAAGGUCAGAACUGACAGUACUUUCCCAGCUGGCUUCAUGGAUGUUAUUUCUCUCGAAGCUACCAACGAGAAUUUCAGGUUGGUCUACGACGUUAAGGGUAGAUUCGCCAUCCACAGAAUCACUCCCGAAGAGGCCACUUACAAGUUGGCUAAGGUUAAGAAGGUCCAACUCGGUAAGAGAGGUGUCCCAUACAUUGUCACUCACGAUGGCAGAACUAUCAGAUACCCAGAUCCACUUGUUAGAGUUAAUGAUACCGUUAAGGUUGACUUAGAUACUGGUAAGGCAUCUUCUUUCAUAAAGUUUGAUACUGGUAGAUUAGUUAUGGUUACCGGUGGUCGUAGUUUGGGAAGAGUUGGUGUUAUUACUCACAAAGAGAGACACGAAGGUGGUUUCGAUUUAGUCCACAUUAAGGAUUCUUUGGACAACACUUUUAUCACCAGAUUGAACAACGUGUUUGUUAUUGGCGAGGAAGCUGGUAAGCCAUGGAUCUCUUUACCAAAGGGUAAGGGUAUCAAGUUGACUAUUGCUGAGGAGAGAGACAGAAGAAGAGCCGUCCAGGGCUUGUAA